GUGCUUCCCAGAACCCAAGAUUCUCUUACCAACUCCCUAGAUCUUGUCCUAAAUCCAUUAGAUGCAUGCGAGAUUCUGUUAAUCUCCGUUCCAGUCCGAACGCACCAAGCGCUCUUUCUUUCGCAACGGUUGAAGCUCCCUUGGGGACAAAAACCUCGGACAAGCUUCGCAUCCUCGUAUCAGAGUUCCGGUCCUUAACCGAACCGAUCGACCGAGUGAAACGUCUCUUGAACUACGCGGCCGAUCUAGCCCCACUAGAUGACACGGCACGCGUCUCGGCCAACCGAGUCACGGGGUGUACGACUCAGGUUUGGUUGGAGAUAAAGAUGGAUGAGUUUGGGAGGAUGAGGUUUAAAGCAGACAGUGAUUCGGAGAUCUCGAAAGGGUUCUGUUCUUGUCUGAUCUGGAUCCUCGAUGGUGCCAAACCAGAGGAAGUGAUGGGCUUGAGAAGCGAGGACUUGUCGGAGAUGAACGUCGGGGUUCACGGAAAGGAACAGUCAAGAGUCAACACGUGGCAAAACGUGUUGAUGAGUAUGCAGAAACGGACCAUGAGUCUAGUUGAUGCUGACGUGGCGCACCGAGGAGGAGAGAGACCACCGCAUCAUCAUAAGCAUGAUCUCUUAUUUAAAUACGUUAAUGGAAGUUACAUGGAAUCUUCAAAGGUUCAUCAUGAUUACUCCAUUUCGUUGCUCCCCUUGUACUAUGAUUUCACCAUAUGAAUGUGUAUGGUGUUUUAUUUGAAUUUUGUAAAAGCCCUAUGGAAACAUAAAUCAAAGUUUGUGUUCUGUCUCUC